GAGAGAGAGACAGAGAGAGAGAGAGAGAGAGAGGGUGACGAACAGGCAGAGAGGGAGAGGCUCUAGUCACACAGCUUCUUUUUCACAUCUGCUGCCAUCCCGGCGCAGGCGAACGCUGACGGGUGGCGUGUUAUCCGAGUAACGGUAACAGCGGCGGCAGCAUCACAAACGGAAGCAGGACCUCUCCUCUCCGCUCUGGCUCUUAGUCAUCCUCAGCGUCCUCUCUCCAUUCUCAGAGUGCUGUUAGGGCCAUUAAUCGUUCCCAUCUCAUGCCUCCUGCCUCCACCUCCUCCUCCUCCUCCACAGCUUCAUCCUCCACUUCUACUCCUCCUCUGAUGAGCCACAGCUUUAGAGUGAAAUAACCCUGCUGGUAGGAGCUUUUUUUCUCUGUCAAGACAGUGCCAUGUGCGAUUGGCCAGCGCACCCCGUGGACGUGGCAUCGCCCUGGAUUUGGCGAGAAGCUCUCCCCGCUGCUUGUUCUCCAGCGCUCCUCCGGGAAGCAUUCGUGGGAUUUAUCUCUUUUCCUGCUGGAUGGCACUGAGCUCUCUGCCUCUCUGAGGAAAAAAGUCCAGAGAGAAGAUACACACUACACGGAGAAGAAGUAAAAUAAUUAUCCAAUCACAGCACAAGAAGGCAGACCAGGUUCCCUUAGCAACAACUGAAGGAGAGAAGAGAAUCCUUCUCUGUUUGUGCUCCCUUGGUUUUUGGGCACACCCCGGAGGACUGCUGUGGGUCAGUGUGUUCUGAGAGGACUUAGAGAGCGCCGUUGCAUAAGACAAGCUGCCACCCAAAUUCCAGGAAAAAAAGGUGCUCGCUUCUCCUUCCAGCCUCCUUUUUAAACUGUGUCUCAUCGACACCAUGAUUUUUUUGUUAUCCCUCCACAAAUUCUCAUCAGGGGUCACGUUUCGCCGGCUUGGAAAUCAAUUCAUCCUGAUCCCGAGCCACCUGGAAUAAGCCCUGCUUUGGGGUGGGGGGGGGGCGCUGAGGUGGGGAUUGGACGCUCUUUGAAAAGACCCACACCUGCCGUCCUCCCUUUCACGGACAGGAAAACAUGAUUAAGUCAUCAUCUGCAAAGAAAAGGGAUGUGAAGCCAAGUUUAUUUUGACGCGAGUUUCUACAGAAAUUCUUUUAUAUAUUUUUUUCCCUCGAGGGGAAAACGCCACACGGCAGAGAGGAAUAUCCCCUUUUUCCAAAUAGGAUCUGUCCGUUCUCUCAAAAGACAGAAGCCCUCACUGAAGGACUAUAUUUAGAUCAAAUCUUGUCCCCGCCGGCCAACAAAAAUAUGUAGAACACGAUCAUUUGGAAAAUCAAGCCGAGUUCUAUUUUUCUACAGACGUUGAAUAGCUUUCUCUAUAGAAAAGUCUUAAUAUGGACCCCUUUGAUGAUUUUCUUUUGUAUGUUGGCCUGCCAUUAUGUCUGUGUUUCACAAGUAAGAAAGGUUGUACAGGACAAGUGGAAGAGGGGAAAAAGUGUAUUCCCUGUAUAGACAGCCGUUUUAAAUAGCAUCUCCUUGGGAACACUUUCAAACGUACACACUGACACAUGCGAUGAGUUGGCUCAACACGAUUAUGUAAGAGUUUCAUAGCCCAUGUAUUUUGCCUCUUCCUUUUCCAUGGAUAUACAGUGUUUGACUUUUCCCGUGCUGGUUCUCUCUCCGUUCCUGGAAGCAUCUACCAGAGGGCAUGGAUGUCAGAGUGUGACCCUGGGCCGAGUGUGCGAGCGAGGCGAGGUGUUUUUGCUGCCCGGGUGCUUUUAAGAUGUUGAGGUCUCCCUGCGUGGCCGGGGCCCCUGUUCGGAUCAGUAGCACUGAGGCUCCUUGCAGCCAAAGACAUGGACCCCGACUCGGCUCCCCCACGCCCUCAGCCUGUUGGCCACUGGCCCCACGCCGCCCUGUAAAGGAUGUCCCUCAGCAGAGCUCCGGCCCGGGACACCUCUGAGACCCCCAGCCCGAGAGAACGCAUCCGCAGCCACAUGAAGAUGGUGAUCGACCAGUUGGACGGCAUACUCAAAGAGCUCAAGGAUGUGGCCAAGGAACUCCGGGAGGUGGUGGGUCAGAUCGAUAAACUAACGUCCGACUUUGACUUUGACCUGGAGCCGGAUGACUGGACCGUGGCCACGGCCAGCAGCACGUCCAGCAGCGAGCGAGGUUUAGGAGACGCCUUUCGGCUGGACUUCCUCAAUGCCGACGUGCUUUCUGACAGCUGGGAGUUCUGCAGCUACCUGGAGGCUGCCGGCGCUGCCGCUCGCAUACCCGGCGAGCAACUGGGAGAUCUGCGAGCGGAGCUGGGCCGCAGGGCCAUCCCCACCCAGACGCAGACCCCCACCCCGCCCCCGUCCACGGCUUCCGUCUACUCCCAGAUGAACGGCGGGCUGCCCGUCCCCAACGGGCCCCUCAUUAUUACUCCAGAUUCGUCCAGCGAGGAGGCCAGUAGCUCCACGACCAGCCACAAGACUUCCCGCACCUCGGGCACGAGAGAACGAGUUCGCUUCAGUGACAAAAUUCUCUACCACGCAUUGUGCUGUGAUGAUGACGAGGAGGAGGAGGAGGAGCAGGAGGAAUUACAGGAAGACCAGAGUGACUGUGCCACACCAGAUAGCGAUAGCGAAGCCGGUGUCCCGUCUUGCUCUGUGAUCCCCAAACGUUCUUCCUCUGAGCACUCACUCCUCCAUAACUGUCUGGACCCCUCCUAUGUCUCCCGACCAAUGAAGGGGAUGAAGGGAGCUCACACACUACCCAGGAAAGGUCUCUUAAACCCUGGCUGCCGCAAAAAACUGUUACGAAAUAGCAGCACACAAACUGUCUCUGACAAGAGCACCCAAACUGUACUGCCCUAUAUUCCAACCAAACAGAAAACAAAGGACCACUGAGAAAGCUUCUGGCUCAUCAUACAUCUCAUGAAGAGGACUGUGCAUUAUUUAAUAUUAAAUACAUAGCUCAUAGAUUAAUACACAAAUAAAUCAAUUACUAAAUAAAUAAAUGAUAUAUGGGAAAUCAAUCGACUACCUAAAGUUCUUCUGAUGCUCAGGGAAAACACGUCAAAUGAAGCAAAGCAGAUCAUUAAGAUGAAACUUCCCGGCAGAGCAAAAGAUGACUGCCUGUUCUUAUGUUGGAAGAUACACCGAGUAGAUUCCCUGUGUGUAAUAAUUGGAAAAAAAUGACAGAUUAUAAAAGCAAUCGUUUUUACAAGAACAUUUAAAGUGGUCGAAAUGGGAAGCGGCGUAUGAAGAGGUCCUUUCCCCUCCUCGUACAAUAGUAAAGGUCACGCUAAAAAAGAAAAGAAAAUGCUUGUUCCUAUAAUGUAGAUACAAAACGCUGCACAUUGUGUAUUUUGAAUCUGUAUAAACAUUGUCUUUUUCAUGUUCCAGUUAUUUUGAAUGUCAAAAAGGGUCUGUUGCUUUCAGAGGGAUAAUGUAUCCAGACGCACGCACAUGUCAAGCCUUUUCCUCUUUUGAUGUCAACAAACAAAGUCCGAGCGAACAGCCACACAAAACUAUUCACCUGCCUCUUGGUUGUUAGAAAUCACCCAAAUGUGAUCUCUUCUUGGUCUACUGCACGAACAUAAGAGUGGCGGGCAAAAAAAAAAUCAUUUGUGACAAAGUCAUUUGUGCGGUCAACCAAAAUUUCCAUUUUUUCUUUUUCUUUUCGUGCUUGUCUGGAGGUGAAGUCAUUCGACUUGGGAUCCGGGCUUAAUGGCGGUCUACAAAAAAAACCCAACUAAAGGUUUUGUCUCUAUAUUGAGUUGCCCAGUGGGGAAUUGAACUCAGCAGAGCAGCACUUUAUUCACAGGGCUGACGCCAAUAGCCAUUCCUGAUCAAUACGUUAGAGGGGGGUUGCAGCGAGAGGUCUCUCUGCUGAGCAUGCAUGCCCCUCUCCGGAGAUCUGUGAACAAAAACUCACAGUCGGACCUAUUUACAAACACCGAGUGAAACAGAAAUUAGUACUGUGGCCCUAAAGAUAUGACAUUUAAAAAAAAAAGUUCCAGGAGUGAGAGAUUAUGGCGGAAAGUGAGAGUGUUUCUGUUUAAAAGGUUUUCCACCGAGUAAUAAUCGACCCCGGGGAACGGCUUUGUGACACCGCUCCGCAUCACUUACCUAAUGUUUUGUUCACGUUUCAAAAGCAAAAAUGUCAGUCAUAAAGAAGUAACUCCAUGCUGUUCCUGUGAAGCUGACUUUUGUGCCUCUGAACAAGCAACAGGGCUCAGGACUAACUUUUACAAUAAUAGCAUGGCAUCUAUUUGCAUUUCCUUUUUUUUCAUCAGUGGCGGAAAUAAGCUAAAUUCAUUUAUUGAAGUACUGUUCCUAAGCACAAUUUUGCACAGUGCUUCUUUGUCCUCCAACUGAUUUCCAAGGGAGGUAUUGUACAUUUUACUUUAUGAUAUUUAUAUAUACUAUAUGUGAAAUGCAAUGCAUUUGUAUGUAGUACAUAAAACAGCCUAAAGUAUUGAAAAUAAUUAAAAAGCAUUAAAGCUCUAUUGGAGCCAGUUACAACAAUAAUACAAAUAAUACAUUAUAUAUGUAUCAAAUAAAGUCUUCUUAAUCAAA